AUGAACGGCUACCCGACGGGUAGAUCCCCAUAUGACUACGGGGCCUCCAACUUGACACCUCCGGACUCGAGCAUCAAUGAUAAAUCGGACGCUUAUAGAGAAGAUGGCAACAUCAAUGGGCUCGCGCAAGAUGCGUCGCGUCGAAAUCAAACAACCGACCCGAACUCAACGCCACGCUCGGCGCGAGUCGAUCUGAAAGAUCCCAUUCAAAUCCACUUGCUCACCGAGACGGCUCUUUCAGACAGCAAGGGAUACGAAAUUCUGUCCCAGGAGGAAGUGGACGAGCUGAAGAAGCAGGCAGCGCUUCUCACCCAGCGCGUAGAAUCUACGAGAUCGAACCUCGCCAUCCAGUCCAAGUAUCGAGAUGCUGCAGCAUCCAUGGCCCGGCUCAAAGGCCCUGGCCAAGAUGACCAACGGCGCGACCAGGAAGCUGAGCGCGAGAGGAUCGAACUGGAGCGCAAGUGCGAUGAGCUGGCUUCGGAACUGCUGGACCUGGAAAAACGACUUCUUGUACCACAUCGGAAAAUCGUCGAGCACACCGCAGCUAUCCUCCAAUUAACGCACAAGGCGAGCAGGAGGAAGACUGCGCCGCUGAAUGGACAACCCGUCAACGGUAUUCCUGGCAGCCCUGAGAGCCUAUAUACCUACUCCCACAGCAGAAAUAGCCUGGACCAAAUUGGCGACGACGCAUACUUUGACGAAGCCGGCGGCUAUCACUUGGACGGAAUGGAUCGAUCCAGAAAGAACGCGAUUGAGAUUCCUCUGAAGUCCCCGAUCCGUGAGCAGAAUCAACUUCGAGUGGAAUUGGACCGUAUGCGAGAGGAGAAUACGCAUCUGCGUUCACAAACGGAUGGGCUUUUGAAGAAACUACAAGGCCUCAACGUUUCGCUUCGUGACACCAUUGUUCGAUUUAAUCCAGAGGUAAAUCGAGCGUACGAUGACCCACCGCGCAUGUCUGCGACCCCCGAAAUCAAGCUGGCGGAUUUGCUCAAAAGUCAGGUUGAGUAUCUGGAGAGCGGCUUGGUUGCCGUGCAGGCCGAGCAGGAGUCUUUCAAUGGUGGCAGCCAGAUGGGAGAGCGUCUUGAGGCAAUGAACCUUCAGCUGCGAGAUCUCCUCAUGAUGUCAGAUCCUCACUACACGCCAACACCUCUGCCGUCAGACUCUGAUGUCAACGGACAAAUGGCAUACCUCGAGGACUCUAUUCGAUCUGUCGACUCUCAGCUGGCUCGUGCCAAUUCCUCCACCAAAGCAAUAGACGAGUCCGGCCCUGUUCUGACUAGUCUCUGGGACACAAUGCAAAGAGGUUUCGCGGAAGCCAAACAGCGCCAGGACGACCGGAAGAGAAGCCGAAUCGACAAGGGCCUGCCCGAAAACGAUGUGGAAAUGUCUGACGACGAGGGAUUCGACACGGAUGAGCCCUACUCUCUGGACUCAUUCUCAGACAGAGUACGGUGGAUGCACACACAAGCCAUUACUCUGAGAGAUCAGAAGUAUGUGCUCAAGCGGCAAAUUAAGCAGCAGCGGGAGCUCAACAACAAGUCCGACGCCGAAAAGGACGAAGAACUGUCGAGAAAACAGGAGGAGCUCGAAAAGAGCCGACAGCUUUUGAGUCGUGCCGAAAAGGACGCCAUGGACGCUCAAAAGAUGCUGUCAGACACCAUGGCCGACUUGGAGGAUGCACGAAACGCCGCCGACGCUAGCGGAGCCGCCAAACUUGAGAUUGAAGAUCGCAAUGCCAAGAUUACCCAACUGGAGAAGAGCCUCAAGGCUGCUCAAAGCAGCUUGGCUGCCGCAGAGUCAGGAAGCAAGGGAACCGAGGGCCAGCUGGCCGCUCUCAAUGCCCGCAUUGAUGACAUCACGCAAAGCAAGAAGGAGGCAGAGGAAACGAGUAGGGGCCUGCAGCAGGAGCUGGCGGUCAAGGUGAGGGAGCUGGACGACGCCAAGAAGAAAGUGGACGACUUGGAAUCAGAAAUGGUUGAUCUCAAGCUUGAUCUCACGGUGGCCAAGGCGGAACUGGACGGUGCUUAUGGAACCCGUGCAGAACGCGCGGCCGAUCUUGCAGCCGUCAAAGAGAGCGCCAAGAUAGAGAAGCUUGAAAACGAGAUUAAGAGGCUCAAGAACGACAUCGAGCGACUGAGGACGGAACUCACCGGUAUGACAGAUGAGCUCCAAAAGGUCACCAACCUAUCCAUUGCUUCAGAAAAGGACAAGUCCCAGCUGGAAGAAUCCUUGAGCGAGGCAGAAAAGGCAAAGGCCAGCCUUGAAGGAGAACUACACAACACGCGCGGGAAGAUGGCCAAACUACAAGAGGACCUAGACGGCGAGCGACUCAAGAUUCACGGCGAUGGUUCCAGACCCGGAGCCGGUGCGUCAAUGCUCAGCGAGCGCUUCAGAGCGACCAUGAGAGAAGAGCGCAAGAAGUUCCAAGACGAUCUAAAGGAGGAACGCCUCAGAUGCCGCAAGCUAGAAGAGGAGCUCAGCAAACUGAAGCGCAGUUUGGGACCCGGCAAAAGUCCCCUAAGUCCACGGUAG